AUGCAAUUUGAUGGCGCGCUUGUGGAUCAAGCUCGUCAGAUUGGUCUCUCUAUUCUUCAUCGCUUUGGUUCGACCGCCGCAAAAGCACAAGGCAAAAAAAUGCCCCCUUUUAUUUCAAGCACUCAGACGCUCUCUCUGCGGGAGUGCGGGCAGCUCCCGAAAGGAGAGCCAACGCACAGCCGGCAGGUUGCGAGCUGCUAUAGAGAUUUCAGUGUAGCAGUUGCACCCAGUGGUAUCGACUUGUUUUUCUUCAAAGUUGCAGGGAUUCAAGAUGGUACUGUCUCAUUUAUACAGUCUGAGCUGUUCAGAGAUAAUCUGUUAGUUCGGAACUACUGGAUUGAACAGGAGUGGUUGAACCAGAAACUUCUACGUUGUCGGCAGAGAUUGUCCCCGAACACAAUUACUAAGUGCCACAAAUGGGGAAGGUUUCCCGGCCUGACACCACUAACGAGCGGAGGGAGAAGCGAUUUCGACGGCGGCAGCGCUGCUGUGUGCCCGGGACUUCCCCGAGGUACGUUCAUUGGUGCCACGCUUAUCAUUUUGCAAUUUGUGAAUGGGAAAAUUGAAGUGCAGCUAAGUGCAGUGGGACACGUUGAUGUUUGA